CAAGGGUGACUAAUCGUUCCCUGAAUCUCGAUCGGCACUACAGAAGACAUCCUCCUGUCACUAAACAUGGCUUUGAGGCGAGCGCUGCAUUUUGUUUUCAAAGUUGGUGACAGGGCCAAAACUGCCACGUUUUAUCGAGAUGUUCUGGGCAUGAAGAUUUUACGUCAUGAAGAGUUUGAGGAAGGCUGCAAAGCAACGUGUAAUGGUCCCUACGAGGGCAAAUGGAGCAAGACAAUGGUGGGCUUUGGUCCAGAAGAUGACCAUUUUGUUGCUGAACUGACAUACAAUUAUGGGGUGGGAGAGUAUCAACUUGGCAAUGACUUCCUGGGACUCACUUUGCAGUCGAGCCAGGCUGUACGCAAUGCUAAACGCCUGGGAUGGCCUCUCACUGAGGUGGGAGAGGCUCUGUAUCUGACCCAGGCCCCCGGAGGGUAUCCAUUCUACCUUGUGGACAAAGAGCAGCCUUCUAGUGACCCCGUGCAGAAGGUUUGUCUUGGAGUAUCAGACCUCCAGACAUCGACCCACUACUGGACUAAGCUCUUGGGAAUGAAAGUUCUGGAAAAUAAUGAGGAAAAGAAAACUGUGCUGAUUGGAUUUUCAGACAGUCAAUGUAAACUGGAGCUUCAUGAUAACAGUGGGGCAGUGGAUCAUGGAACUGCUUUUGGAAGGAUAGCAUUUUCAUGCCCACGUGAACAACUGCCUGGCCUUGAAGCCUUGAUGAAAAAGGAAAAUCAGAAGAUUCUCACUCCCUUAGUCAGCCUAGACACUCCUGGAAAGGCCACAGUAGAAGUGGUCAUUUUGGCCGACCCAGAUGGUCAUGAGAUUUGCUUUGUGGGUGAUGAAGCUUUUAGCCAACUGUCUAUGGUGGACCCCAAAGGAAAUGAAUUGCUUGAUAAGGCUAUGGCCGAAGAUAAAAGUGAUGAGUGGUUUGCCAAACACAACAAACAGAAAGCUGCGGCAUGAGAUGAAGAGGUUUUGCACCACCCAUUUCUCAACAGUUCAUAUAAUGAUAAGAUGCUUUACAAGGCACCUGUGGUGUAAAUCUCCUUGUUAUGACAACUCAAUUAUCCUAAGGCUGACAGUAUGAAAUACAUUUUCACCUGGAAGCAUGCCAUAUGGCACAGUUACAUUGGCAGCACUUUGUGAAAGGACCACUUGUUCAUUAUGAUGGACAUUUUUCCAUAUAAUGUUUCUAUCAAUAAGGAAGAGAUAGGGGCAAUGUUAGGAUCAUGUCGACCCUCCAUAAAACCAUUGUAUAAUACUAUUAGGCUGCAAGAUUCCUGUGCAUAAGUUAGAUGGAUAAAACAUUGUCAUCUAGAACAAAUCUACAGUGCAAUCAAAACACAAGUUUCAAUGAUAAAUAUUAACAUGAUGUAAUAAAAUAUCCUUAUUGUU